CAGCUACCCAACCCCCUCAGUCGACAGUGAGCGGUGACGGAUGCUCGGUUUACUGCUGUAGAUAUGGUAACCCUGCUGCCUGUUCUCUUCGCCUUGCUGAGCCCGGUUGCGGGUCAUUCUUCACCCCGGCUCAAACUGGACCUGAGCGGUGAAAUUAAAAAUCGGUUCGUGUUUAACCAAACUGAAGAAUUUGCCACCACUCUCCGUGAUGGAAGCACUGUUUAUGUUGGUGGAAAUGGAGCCCUUUAUCAGAUAAACUUUGAUGUCUCUCCCACACUAGAAACGAUCAAUGUGCCUGGUGUUUCUAAAGAAUGUCAAGGGAACAAUGCGGGUCCCUGUGGGAAUUAUAUCAUGAUCUUGCACAAGUUCAAUGGAACUCACUUCCUUCUGUGUGGAACCAAUUGGAUGAGCCCACAGUGUUGGCUACUUUUUAACAAAAAGUUGAAUGAAUUUAUCAAUGGAAAUAAGCUUGUCUUGGGACCACGUGUCUGCCCGAAGACUCCACAACAAGGCUUUGCUUCAUUGGUUGUCGAGGAAAGACUCUAUUCUACAGCAUCUGAUGGAGACAAAAUGCACCUGACAGGUUACAGGAAGGGUGAUGACCCCACACGGUUAAAGUCUGAGGAGAAAUGGAUGAAAGAUCCCAGGUUUGUGGGAAUGUCUCCGGUGGACGACCUGAUUUACAUGUUCUUCAGAGAAAAGAAUGCGCAUGAACACCCAGAUAUUGACCCGUGGAUUUCACGGAUUGGCCGAGUGUGUAAGAAUGACCAAGGUGGAUCCAGACAACGACUGCUGACUAAGUGGACGACCUUUCUGAAAGCCCGACUGCUCUGUAGCAACCCUGCUGACAAUGUCCAUUUCAACAGGAUUGAAGACGCCUUUAUUUACAAGUUUCCCCAUGACAGUGAAGCGAGAGUGUAUGGAGUUUUUAGCAGCAAUUGGAAUGGAACAGCCGUGUGCAUGUACUCCAUGAAGGAGAUUAAUGAUGUUUUUGGACGUUCUGCCUUUAAGGAUUUCAAGGGCAGUAUUCCCACUAACCCCAGACCUGGCACGUGUGUCAAUAACACAAAGGUUCUGCCAGAUCAAGUACUCGCUGUUGUGGAGGAUUAUCCUGAAAUGGAGACUUGGAUCCAUCCCAUCGGAAGAAAUCCCCUCGUGAUCAGUUAUGAGAAUCGCUUCAAGAAAAUAGUCGUGGAUUCCGUUGUUGGUCCCAGUGGAGAUGUGUCCCGUGUCCUCUACCUGGCGAUGGGAGAUGGUAAAAUCCAGAAGGUUCUUGAAACUAAUCACUCAGCCUUCAUCAUAGCAGAACUAAAGCUUUUAAAGGAACCUGCGUCGAUCCUAUCGAUGUCCCUCGACUCUGAGAAGAAGUUUCUGUACGUUACCUCUGCCAAGGAGCUGGUUCAAUUCCCACUGGUGCAGUGUGAGAAAUACGAUGGAAACUGUGGAGAAUGUGUCCAGGCCAGAGACCCUUACUGUGGAUGGGAUAGUCGGAUAAAGAAAUGUGUCCCCGUCACACCUGAUUCUAAGAACGUCUUCCAAGAUCUCGAGAAAGGUGAUAGCUGUGUUCAUGGUCAAGUUGAAUAUUUGCAUUCCUCACGGCGAGAAAUUCCCCCUGAUUGGCCGGUGCUCCCCCUCCCCCUUAAGGAACACAUCCCUGUGUACUUGUCCUGCCCAAAGAAAUCCUAUCACGCCGAGUACUCGUGGAGGUUCAAUGGCCACAAGCAGCUGCCCUGUUCUACGAAUGACGAUAAUUGUCUGCUGUUCUUAAGUGGACUUUCUGAAAGUGAUAUCGGCCCUUACGAAUGCAUUUCAAAUGAAAGAGGAGUGGAACGUCGUCAUGCUGCUUACUUGAUUCAGGACAACGGUGGCUCUUCAAUAUAUCUGUCCCAUGUUGCUUUGUUUUCUGUGCUGACGGCACUCAUUUGUCAAGUUCUGCAAUGAAUUUGAGUGCUGUUUCCCUGAUGGGAAACAUGGUUUCUCUUCAACCUUCCUUCCUAUUGACAAGCAAUUCCCUUCCUUCCCUGAGACUCCAGGUUCUAUCAGCCUGCCAACACCCAAACGUCCUAGAAUUUGGAUGGUGACUUUGUUCAGAUGUCCUUUAUAUAAUUCCCAAAUAUUGGAACAUUAUUUUUCAUAUAGGAGACCAGAAAAUUGAAGGAAAAACACAGCUCAUUAAUACCUUGGAAAUCUGGACUUUGCCCUUGAAAUCCCCACUGAUCAAAACAACAGCUUAAGAAUGAUGCAAAUCCUGGGAAUACUCAGCAGGUCAGGCAGUAGCUGUGGAGAGAGAAGCAGGGUUAAUGUUUCAGGUCAUUUAUAGAAGGUUGUUUUAUUUAUUGUGAAUUUGCACGGUUUUCAAAGAAUGAAUCAAAGCCAUCCAUAAAUUUAUGUCUCAGCUCAUUAUUCUCAGGAAGAGGAUAAAUUGGUUUAAACUUUUACAUUUGUUUGCUGUUUGAACUCGAAGUGGUCUUAUUUACUUGGCAGGACCGUAGGGAGUUGUGUAGAACAAGCAGAGCAAAGGUACAAGUACACAGUUCCCUGAAAAUGGAGACACAGGUAGACAGGGUGGUGAAGAAGGCUUGCAGCCUGCUUGCCUUCAUUGGCCAUAGCAGUCAGUACAAGAGUUGGGACGUCAUGUUGCAGUUCUACAAAACAUUGACUAGGUUGCAGGGAGUAUUAUGUGCAGUUCUGGUUGCCAUGCUACAGGAAUAAUGUGAUCAAGCUUGAGAGGACGCAGAAAAGGUUCACAACGAUGUUGCUUGGACUGGAAGGUUUGAGGAAAAAGGAUAUACUGGAUAGGUUGGGACUGUUUCCCUGGAGUGAAGGAGGUGAGGGGUGAACUUAUAGUUUAUAAAAUGAUGAGGGGCACAGAUAGGGUUGGGGAAUCCCAGUCUUUUUUCCAGUGUAGGGGAGUCUAAAACUAGAAAGCAUAGGUUUAAGGAGAGUGGGGAAAGAUUUAAAGGUGAUCUGAGGAGCAGGUUCUUCACACAGAGGGUGGUGGGUAUAUGGAACGAAGUGGUAGAGGCGGGUACAAUUACAACGUUUAAAAGACAUUUGGACAGGUACGUGGAUAGGAAAGGUUUAGAGGGAUAUGGGCCAAAUGCAGGCAAUGGGAGUAACUUAAUAAGCACCUUGGUCGGCAUGGAUGAGUUGGGCCGAAGGGCCUGUUUCUGUGCCGUAUAACUCUCUGACUCUGUGGCUCCAGAUGUCAGAGGGUGGCACAUGCGUCCACCCCACUCCUCCUGCCUGCCCCGCUCCACCUCACUCACUGACCUCUCCUCCUGGCUGUUUCCCAAGAAACCUGGACCAAGUGAACCAGUGAGGGGAUUAGAGCUUGCUCUGGAACUUUCUGCUGCUUCAUGGUGUUUCCCAAGAGUGAAAGGGUGGAGAGUAAAUAAGUUCAUUUUCCAUUCAGGACCACACCAGGUGGAGGGAGGGAGGCAAGAAGGUGGUCAGGGAAACCUCCGUGCAUCCCAGUCCAAAGCCACUUUUCCCUGCUGGAUGUUGGGGAGGGGUGGGGGUCAAUCUAUCUUUGGGGAGUCCAGCCAGAGCCAAGGUCACAGCACAGUGGUUGACAUCACUGCACGAGGGAGGGAUGAACAAGAGUUCAAAGGCAAUAGUGGCUGGAGAAUCAAUAGUGAGGGGAAUAGGUAGACACUUCCAGGAUGGGGUCUUGCCUCCCUUGGUGCCAGGGUCAAGGACAUUACAGUCUGUUUGAAGGGCAUUCUGAAGGGGUGGAUAAACAUCCAAAGGUCCUGGUUCACAUUGAUACCAACGACCCAGGUAGAAAGGGGGAGGAGGUCCUGUUACACAAAUCUAGUGAGCUAGAUCUGGACUCUGUAAUAAGUGAGGGACCAACAAAUAAUUCAGUUUCAUUCCAAGAAGUUGUAGUGUGAGAUGGGAGCCUUGUAUUUAGAUCAAGAACCCUGAGCUCGAUCCAAUAACACUAAUAUCACAGGUGAUGGUGAGUCUUCCUUCACAUGAAGAAGCUUUGUUUUGUUUGGAUGACAUAUUUCCCCCACCCAUUGCCCCCUCUGAGGGUCUUGUCUCUCUGACUAUAUUCUAGCAACUUGCCCUCACAACUAUUUUGAUUGGUCAAAGUUGACAGGCGAUUUGACCUUGAGUAUCAGGAGCCAGCACCAUCCAUCCCUACCCAGUGAUCCCCCUCUGUAUACAUCCAGCCACUGUAGUUUGUCCUGUGAUAAGAUGCUUUAGAUAUUCCUGCUUUGAAUAACUUUGCCAUCCUUAGCCACUGAAAGAGCUACUGUUAACAAAAAGGCUAACGUUGUAAUAGCAUCAGCAGGAAAUUAAUACAUAAUGCUACGACAUACUUCUGUGCUGUUUUGUUUACAGGGACACUGACUGGGAAUGCAGAAACAUCUUCAGGAUGUUCCAGCAUUCAGCCUGACCCUGGCUGAUCAGUAGCUCAGUUCCUGGGUCAAGCAGGGCAGGGGGAAGGGCUAAGUUGGGGUAGUGGAGUCAGACUUUAAGGCAGAAACAUGACUCCACCUUUAGAAUGCCAGUGAUGGCAGCUGUCGGAUACAUUCCAGCCCCUCACCCAAUCCCAACUUGGUCUGGGAUGUUUGGGCCGGAGCAGCCUGCGGGAAGUAAUUUAGAAAGUAAACAGCAAUGUUCAGGCAAUGUCCAUUCUGUUAGAAAAUACAACCUACAGUGAUUCUGAACUGGAACUUAUGGAUGGACGUUGGAAACAAGGAUUCCAAAAGGGAAGUUGAUAAACAUCUGGAUAAUGUAGUCAUCAGGGAGAUGGGGAAAGGAGGAUGGGGUUUGAACUUUUCAACAAAGCGCUAGCAUUGACUGAUGGGACAAAUGGCCUUCUGUGCCAUUAUGUUUCCACAAACAUGGGGUUUGGAGGGUUUUAGGUUAAUCGGGAACUGAGUGGGGGAAAAUUCUAAGUAAUGUGAGUAGGUUUGUGUAGAACGUGAAGACCAAUCCUGCAGUGUGCACGUUAUGGGAGGAAAGAGAACGGCAUCGGUGGAUGUGAAGUCGUGUGGACUCUGUGAUAUUCAUGUAGAGUUGCACCUUGUCAGCUGCUCCAAGUUUUGUGGGUCAUGUUAUAAUAUUCAAACUGAACACAAACCAGUAGGGUGGUCUGACACCGUGCCAUCUACGGCUCAGAGUCCUCGAAGAUUUUAGAGGAGGUUUGUGAGUCGGGUUCUGCAGUGCGCUUUGGAUCCCAGGUAGCAGUUCUGACAACUGUUGUCCAUGAGAAAGCAAAGGUGAGGCCACUGAAGGCAGUGGCAUCUCCUUCACUGAUAGGCUGGUAUCCUCCUCACAAUCGUAACAAAAGCCAAAUACUGCGGACACCGGAAAUCCCUAGUCCCAGGGCUGACCCGGCCUCCCAGAUCCAGCACCAGUGCUGUUUCACACUGUGAGUGGAUCGAUCAGCUCUGAGUUGUCCAUACAGAUGAUUCACAGGAAUAUCAUCAGACAAAAGAUAACACCCACCACAUUACUGGAGCAUAUGUAUGCAUAUUUCCAGGGUGGAUUUAUACUUUGGUAAUGUUGUAUUUAUUGCACGUUGUUCAAACUUGUUUUGCCUGUACAAAUUGUUUUAUAAAUUAUUUUUUCUAUUUGUCACUGUUGAGAUAAAACCUUGAUUGUGAUCUUUCACAUUUUCACCUUUGCAUUGUAUUCCCCGCACUCUGAUCACUGCGGUUCGUUGUACUUGCCCAGGGCUCUAUUCCUGAGGGUUUCAGUAGAUGCUUGUGGGGAGCUGGUGGGGAAAACUCGGCUCCUGACAACAGUGAACAGCCUGAAACAGGACUUCUAAUCUUCGCUGCGGUCCUGCUGUACAGGUGACCCCCACGUUACGGGAGUAGUGUCCCUAGAGAACGGUCCGUGUCGCAAUCUUCUGUAACACAAAGCCACAUCAUCUGUACAUGUACAAGAAACACAAGCUGGAAAAAAAACAUUUUGUGUUUCUUUUUUCACAUACAUUCUGCAAGAAUGAGUUUAAUUCUGUAUCUCAAAUUUUUGGGUUGUGAUUUGUGAAUUCUCUAAGGGCAAAUUUCCAUAAUGCGAAUGGCCAUAAUGCAGAGGCCUGCAGUGAGAUUGCAACUGGGCGAGGUCCUGAGUGUGGAAGAGGGAGGGGAGUUGGCGGGGGGUCGGACUAUGAGGUUGGGGACAUGUACUGUUGGGAUAGUUUCACCCAUGGGUGCACUCGAUCUCUGCCCUCCAGACUCUGUUGGGGGUGAAGAACAGUCUGUGCAGUACAAGUAGGGGCUGCAGUGAAUGGGGAUGUUGUGUCCUGACUGACAACAGACAGCAGCUUUAAUUUGAGCUGAUUUGUAAAAUCUCUGUGCAAUGCUAGUUUAACAUCAACUGAAUGUUUAAGUGAGCUCUGCUGUUUGCAUUUUGCAUAGUUGUCCAAUAAAGACAGGUUGUCCCUGAAGUGAAAUAA